CCCCGCGCGACCGCUCCGAGUUUAUUAAACUGAUCGUCAACGACUUUGGACGUUUUUGUGUGUGUUUGUGUGUGUGUGUUUUCUCACUUCGCACGUGGGGAGGAGCAACGCGAAGACGACGGGAAAAAAAGAGCUUUCCUGGGGCAUGUGCGUCUGGCGGGAAACCUGUUUCGCGUCCGGUUUUCCCGUGAAGCGUCGCGUGGAAGUGUGAGCGGCGGCGGCGGCGCACGCAUGAGCCGCGCGCUCGGAACGGCGCGCACUCUCCGGUGACGAAAUGCCGCGCGACCGCGGCGGAGACGAAGGCGCGUCCGGCGGCGUGCGCCUUGAGACACGCGCGACGGAGGACGUGGAGCGCGGCGGAGCUGGCGCGCGGCGCUCGGGCGCGGACGGACGGCGGGGAGAGCGCGGCGCUCGCCUCAGCCUGCUCGGCAAGCCGCUGGUGUACGGCGCGCAAAGCGGCCGCAGGAACGCGCGCUACCGCCGCCUGCAGAACUGUCUGUACAACGUGCUCGAGCGACCGCGAGCCUGGGCGUUCGUCUAUCACGCGCUUGUGUUUGUGUUGGUGUUUGGCUGUUUGGUGCUGUCCGUCUUCUCAACCAUUCCAGAUCAUCAAGAAAUGUCAUCUCGUUCUCUGUUUAUACUGGAGUUUGUGAUGAUUAUUGUGUUUGGGAUGGAGUACCUGGUGCGGAUCUGGUCAGCAGGCUGUUGCUGCCGGUACCGAGGAUGGCAGGGACGGCUGCGAUUCGCCCGAAAGCCAUUCAGCAUUAUAGACAUCAUUGUGCUGAUCGCAUCGGUCGCCGUGGUUUCAGCUGGUAGCCAGGGCAACAUCUUUGCCGCAUCGGCACUGAGGAGUCUACGCUUCCUGCAGAUCUUGCGCAUGGUGCGCAUGGACCGCCGCGGAGGCACCUGGAAGCUUCUGGGCUCUGUCGUUUAUGCACACAGCAAGGAGCUUGUGACAGCCUGGUACAUCGGCUUUCUGGUGCUCAUCUUCGCCUCGUUCCUCGUCUACCUUGUGGAGAAGGACAUGAACAAGGAGUUUUCGACAUACGCCGAUGCGCUCUGGUGGGGCACGAUUACCCUGACCACUAUAGGCUACGGAGAUAAGACUCCCAAGACGUGGACGGGCCGCUUGCUGUCCUCCGGCUUCGCCCUGCUCGGCAUCUCCUUCUUUGCCCUGCCUGCGGGUAUACUGGGCUCGGGUUUCGCUCUGAAAGUCCAGGAGCAGCACAGACAGAAGCACUUUGAGAAGAGAAGGAAUCCUGCAGCUUGCCUCAUCCAGUGUGUUUGGCGUAGCUAUGCGGCUGAUGAGAACUCGGUUUCCAUUGCUACCUGGAAGCCACAUUUAAAGGCGUUGCAUACCUGCAGUCCUACAAAGAAGGAUCAAGUGGAGACCUCAACAAAUAAGGGUCUUAGCGAUAAGCGCGGACUUCGCAGGAAACUGAGUUUAAGGAGUCAGAAGCUGAGCUUUAAGGACCGUGUAAGGAUGGCCAGUCCUCGCGGUCAGAGCGUCAAGAGCAGACAGACGUCCGUCACGGACCGGCGUUCCCCGGGUGCCGAGAUCAACGCCGACGGCUCCAGUCCCGUCAAGGUGCAGAAGAGCUGGAGCUUCAAUGACCGGACUCGCUUCAGACCCUCACUCCGCCUCAAGAGCCAGUCCCGCUCCACCACCACCGAUGGUGAGGCUAAUACGGCACCGGAAGAGGGCUUUGAUGACAAAGGCUGUCACUGUGAGAUCUCUGCUGAGGACCUGUUACCGGCAGUGAAGACCGUCAUCCGAGCAAUCCGGAUCAUGAAGUUCCACGUGGCGAAGAAGAAGUUUAAGGAGACGCUGCGUCCGUAUGACGUUAAGGACGUGAUCGAGCAAUAUUCAGCAGGACACCUGGACAUGUUGUGCCGGAUUAAAAGUUUACAGACGAGGGUAGAUCAGAUCCUGGGGAAGGGGCAGGUUCCUGUAGAUAAGAAGCUGAGGGAGAAGAUGCUGUCUGACGGAGAUCUGCUGGAGGACGUCAGCAUUUUAGGGAGGGUGUGUAAAGUCGAGAGGCAGGUACAGUCUAUUGAAUCUAAGUUGGACUCCUUGCUGGAUGUCUACCGACAGGUCCUUCAAAAAGGCACCUCCUCAGCUCUCAGCCUGUCCUCCCUGCCCCUAUUCGAACUGGCUCAAUCAACAGACUACCCAAGUCCGGUCUUUGCCAAGGAUCUCUCUUCUCCUUCACAGUUGAGCCAAAUGAGUAGCUCCAACUUUUCCCGGGGCUUUCAUCUCAUCUUGGCUCCCAAUGAGUUCAACUUCAACUUGAACAAUGCAUCAGGGUCUCCCUCUGUAGAUGACACGCUAAAUUCGGCCUCACCAUUUAGCCCAUCCCCGCUUCAGCCUCUUACAACACCCACCACAGAUUGCCCACCUGUUUUCACAGCAAACAAUGUUCAACCCGGUGGGGUGCAUUUUCCCAGACUGGCUAACCCUCCUCCACCCCCUGUUGCAUCUGCUCGGUUUCAGCUGCCCCUAUUGCCACCUCUGUCAGGCCGAGUGAACAACGGUUUAACCCAAUCUCAGUCCAGUCCUUCUGAUCAUUUCCCUCCUUCAUAUUUAAACAGAUCCCAGCAGGACUUGGCACAAAGCGCUAGAAAUCGUCCCAGCGCCAAAGAGGAUGCUUCCUGGAGGAGACAUAUGAGCCCAGAGAUGGGACUGGAAAUGGACCCUCUGGUGGAGCUCUCACCCUCCUCGGUGCCAGAUGGAGGGGACCAGGCUGUUUCCAUGGGAAAGUCUGUCCAGGACCUCAUUGGGAUUCCAGAGGUUGAUGGGCACCACAACCUCUCAGCCAGCAGCAGCCAGGACUCUUUGGCAGCAGAGAAUGAGAUAGGAGGUGGUGGCUGGGCCGAGGCCGAACUCUUCAUCGCAGAUGGAGACCUGGAGAAAUCAGCUCAGACUCAGCCCUCAGGGUUGGGCUUCCUAGCACAGCCUGUGGCAAAUUCCAAUUUCUCUGAACCUUUGAGGACUGGGACAGCAACAAGGGAUGGUCUUGGACUGGCGCCCAAAUUGGGUGGGACAAAGCCCUUCAUUAUGCCACAUGUUCGACUUAAACAAUGAGUCAUUGAGUUAAUGAACUCUUAUUAGACUUGAUCUUACUGAAGGACACAAAGCUUUCUUGAAAUCUUUGUCUUACCUUUAAGUAUUUUAUUUUAAAAUUUGGAAUGGGAGGUAAGGCAAGAAUAGAGUUUGAAGUAUGUUUUUUUAUUUUUUACAUUCGUUUAAAUUUUAGAUUUAAUUUUUUUAUAUUGUUGAUAAGUAAUGAUUUAUUUAAGAUAAAGAAAAAGGUUUUAUACCGUGAAACAUACAUGAGGACUCUUCAUUGCAUGCAUUGUGCUUUUUUUAAAGCACUGUAUUAGUGGCUUAGCCUAAUGAGGGAAAGUCAAAAUAUAAUGAAAAAAAACUUUCUUACAUUACUGAUAGUAUAAUUUAAUUAAUUUUCUGUUGGGUUCCAUUUUACAUGUCAUAGCAACAUCAACGAAAACCCUUGUGAAGACAGAUUGAAUAUUUACUUCACGUGUAAACUCACUGACUAGUUCAGGUAAACUGGUCAAAUCAGGGUUGAAUGGUGUUUUCAAGUCAAUCGAACUGCACUAGGUUUUACUCACUUGGUCUCAGAAUGGUCAUUUCAGUUCACACUGAAAAAGUAAAAGUGGCAUAAUGAAUUCAGUACAAAAAUAAUGAUUGCAUGUAUAUUACAAUUAAAGUAGAUUAAAUCCAUGAAAUUAAUAAUGUAAUAAUUCUGUUGCAUGUUAUACUGGAACGGAAGGUUUAUGAACAAGUUGGCUUGACAAUGUCAUUUUAUCAUUAGGGUACAGAAUAAGAAGUUAAUUAAGACAUAAGGUGGAGUUAUGAGAAGGGGAAGCUCUGGAGGAGGUUUAUGGAAGCCAUGGUGGCUAUGAAGAUAAAGAGUUUACACAACAAGCUCAGGUUGAUUUGGAUUUUGGGAUUCUUCUGGAUGUAACAUGUAAUCAAUUGACAGUAAAUUCCAGGAGUAGAUACAUGAUGCUCCUUGAGGCAGCAGAAAGAAACAUGAACCCAUCACUGAGAGGCUUUUUAGUUUCUGGGUAGUGGUGGCUUUAACGGUUAAGGCUGUGGGUUACUGAUAAAAACGUUGGGACUUCAAGCCCUAGCACUACCACUGGUGAGUUCUUAAGCAAGACCCUUAACCCUAUCUGCUCCGGGGGUGCUGUACUAUAUACUGGCUCACCCUGCAUUCUGACCCCAGAUUCCAGAAGCCAUAUGAAAUAAAAGCCUAGUGUCAGUAGCCAAUUUAGGGUCAGAAUUAAUGGGCUAUUGUUUAUAUACCUCAAUAUGAGACUAUUUGGUUUUGUACAGUCCUGGAGCACAUCUGGCAUGGGUCCAUCUAUAGCAGUCUCUGAAAACAAAGGCUACGCAGAAAGAGAGAGAAGAUAAUAAACUCUAAUCUAGUGAGCUUUUAAAAUGCAAUGCACAUUAAUAUGUUUUAAACAGGCGAUACUGUUUUGUGCCUCAAUAAUAUUUAUUUAUACAGUAUUUAUUACUAUUUAUUUGUAUUACGUAUGUGGCUGAUUUUUCUGAUAUUUGAAUGAGCCACACACACAUUAUAGCCUCAAUAUGACCAUCAUGUUAUGACUUGGUUUCCCCUCUUUGCCUCCUUUGAUAAGAAAUACAAGAAGCUCCCCUAAGUAUAAGAAAAUAGAAACUAAUAAAUAAAUUCCAACCAUUAUUUGUUAUAUACUAAGCGAAACUGAGACUGGUACAUAUCCUAUAAGAAGUGGAACUAUAUAAAUACUGUAGGCUAAUAACUCAACAUUAAGAAUUUUGCAGUAUGCUAUAUUCAUAGAUAUGAUAUUUUCUAGGCUUGUCAAGCCAACUUAAAAUUUCUUUCUUGAAAAAAAACAUAUUUUUUUUUACAUCUUUUAAGUGGUACAUUACAUUGUGAAGUGUUUAGAUAUAAUAAGUCCCGGGCAUAUUGAAGGGUACCUUUGCUGUUGAACACUGUACAGUUUUGUUAAAAAAAAUUAAUAAAAUAAUAAUA